AUGGCGUCAUCCACAAUACGAACAUGUGCAAUUGCCACAUGUAAACGUUCGUCUUUUGCACUAUGUCAUUGCUGUCAAGAACAUUUAUGUAUCAAUCAUUUGAAAGAACAUUCAGAUCUACUCAAUUCAAGAUUAUUACCGCUCGCAGACGAAAUUAAUAGUUUAUUGCAACGAAUCAAAAGUGAAUCUUUGAACGAAUCAUCUUGUCUCAACGAUCUUGAAAAAUGGCGUCAGGAAGCACAUCAAACGAUUGAUCGAUUCUACGAGACUAAACGCAAACAGUUUAUGAAUAAGAUAGGCGAAGAUAAAAGAAUAGAACUCGAUCAAUUGAGAAUUAAAAUUGAAGAAUUAAUACAAGAGCAAGACGCAAAUCAAGAUCAACUUAAUUUGAUCACAGAGGAAAUUUGUUCAAUUAAACGAGCUAUUGAUGAAUUUCAAAACCUUGAUCUCACUAUUCAUCCUUUCACGAUUGAUGAUAAUCUUAUUGUACUUAAAUUGCAUGUAUUUCUUCCUCUUAGAACUCCAUCUCGAACAAUGUCUUAUACAGCUAAGAGUUCUGCAAUGGCCAGCAAUGGAAAACAUGUAUUAAUAGAAAAUGAGUCGAAUCUGUGUUUACUCAACGAUCGAUUGGCAUUUACCAAAAAGACACCAUGGACGUUUAGUAAUAUAUGGGAAAUGUGUUGGUCAUCAACACUCGCUCGAUUCAUCGUCGUUACCAAUAAAAUUUUGUUUGUUCUCGAUGAAAAAACAAUGACACUCACACGAUGUGAAAUUUCUUCGGAUAAGAAUUGGUAUCGGGGAACAUGUUCUAAUACAACACUAUACUUAUCAACCUGGCAAUCAGAAGAAGGAUCAAAUAUAAUUGAAUACUCUCUUCCAUCUAUUAAAUACGUGAAACAAUGGCAACCACCGUUAACAUGUCACAAAGACGAAUGGAUUGAAGAUUUUGAGUUUAAAAAUGAUUCAAUGGCGAUGAUCAUCGUUCAUGAUAAAAAUAAGUCUUGGCGUUUCGAACUUCGUUCAUCAGUGACACUUCAAUGUCUCUGGUUGCUAGAGCUCGAUGGAGGAUUUCGCUGUCGUUCGAUUAAUAGUGAUCAAUGGAUUUUAAUCAAGGAUAAACAAUCAGAGAUAUUGCAUAUAUCGAACGAUGGAUGCAUUAUAGAACAACAACGAUACGAUUCACAAAUAAAAAAUGUUGCUAUCUUAGAUGCUAAUAUACUCAUGAUUAAGACUACUGAUCGUAUUAAUUUACAUGAAAUCUAA